UUCAAAAUCCCUUUUAUUAGGAAUCGUGCAAAGAGGAAUCCCAUUCGUCAAGGUCAUCCAUUAAUCCUGUUCAAAUUAUUCCUAAAAGGAAGCGUCCUGACAGACAAUCCCAACAAACCGAACUAUUAAGUUUGGCAUGCAAGUAUUUGGAAAAGGACUCGCCACAACAGGACCACUGGCAAAGUGUGGGAAAAGUUUGGGGAGAAAAAAUGGCUGCCUUGGAUCCCCAUCAGCGAGUUUUUGCUGAAAAAGCAAUUAACGACAUUUUGUUCGAAGCUACGCUGGGCAAUUUAAGCAAAGAACAUCGGAAUCCAACGAUAUCGCCAACACCUGUGGUCUAUUCGGCUAUUCGCAAGCGUAACUCAACACCUGCUAGAGAAGAAGCGGAUUGCUACGGUCCUGAAAAAAACUGUGCGAUGGCAUCACAAUCACCGACGCUCCACGGUGCAUUCUUCUCAGCCAAAACGCCACAGAACUCCCCACCUUACAAUGAAGAAACACUUCACGAUCGGUCCAUAAAUAUUGGUAAAACACUGGAUGUUUUAAAUAGCUCAGUUGGGUGCGCCACUUCACCGUGCAGAUCCGAUUCAUUCUACGAACCACCAGGAUUGAGCAUCCUGGCAGAAUCGGCAUCCAGUACUUCACUGGCCACUGGUGAACCGUUUCGUGAUGUAAAUAUCACAGUCUCUCCGAAACCCGAGGACACAUCGGGAGCUGUCCAGCCGCAGCUCGGUGUACCAAACGUUCGUGAAUUUGAACCGCAUUGUAGCACAUCUGUACAUCUUGCGAAUGCCACACUACCGACUAUAAAAACACAGGACCCAUUGCAAUCACAACUGAAUGUUUCAAGCAUCUAUUCAGAUUUAAAAGCUUAUCAAAAUGAUUCGAAUGUGGCACUUCCGGUGACUGAGCAAACGCUGGAAUCGAUGCAGUCACAGCUCGUAUAUCAAUUCGUACCGAAUUCUUGUGUUGAGCAUCCUUCAACGACUGAAAAUACACCUGAACCGUUGCCAUUACAGCUCAACGUACCAACGGUGUACCAAAGCUUUCCACACGGUACUGCUCAGAAACUUUACGCAUAUGAUAUCACUGGAAAUAUUCAGGGACCUUCUCCUCCCUCCAGCGACCUUAUCUAUUACUUUUCAAAUUUCAUGGAAUAA